GGGUAUGUCAGAGGCAGCUCUUUGUACAGCGUGUUGCAUUUUUUGACGUUUGUCUCCUGAGGGUACUGUCUUACACCGGACAAAGUAAAUAUCUUCAUAUUUAUCUUCACGCUGAACGCCGUUAGGAAGUCACUUCACCGCUCUAAGGAGAUUUGCUUCCUCUCCGUCUGAUCUUGGAACUAUUAUGGCCGGUAGCACCAUCAAGACAGUGCACGACAUCUUUCAGAGCAUGGAGUCCGGACCUGCAGCAACUUCCAGCUACGCUACUGCACAGGCCUGGCUGGAACACCAUUCCCGUUCUCUGGGUCUCUUCUUCGAUGGCAAGUUUGUCCGUCCGGCAGACAGUCAGAGUCACUCCCUGUGUGAUUCUAAAGGUGCUAACGUGUGCAGCACAGUGUGCGCUGCGGACGACGAUGUCUCCCAUUGUGCCUCCUCUGCCGUUAACGGCUACAAGGCCUGGAGCAGCCUGACCUGCCACCAGAGGGCCAAAGUGCUGCUCGGGGUGGUGAGCGCUCUCGGGCAGCACGGGCAGUGUGUGACGGAGCUGUGCGAGCUGUGCGGCGCCUCCUGCUCGCCCUCCGCCCUCGUCAGGCUGCUGCAGUACUACGGCAGCUGGGCUCAGCUCAGAGAUACUCUCAUCACCGGCUGGACACCGCUGGGUGUGGUGACUGUAGUCGCCUCUGAUGACUGCUCUCUCUAUUCCCUCAUGCUCAAAGUCUUACCAGCACUGGCCAUGGGUAACUCUGUCAUCGUUGUCCCUGGUCGGAGCACCGCACCUCCAGCACUCCUGCUCGCACAGCUUUUCAUCGGAGCAGGACUUCCUGCUGGAGCUUUGAAUAUUUUAACAGGAAGCAACGUGUCACUGGGUGCCAAAGUGGCCCAGAGCCCCAGCAUCAGCUACGUCACCUACUGCGGUAACAAGCAGGAUGGGGUGAUGCUGUGUAAGGCCACAGCAGGGAUGGGUGUUCCUGUUUCAGUGUCUCCCUGCGUCGGCGCCACGUGUCCCUUCAUCAUCUUUGAGUCUGCUGACAUCGACAGCGCGGUGGAGGGAGUGCUGGAGGCCGCCUUCAGGAAGAAAAAAGAGAUCCACUGGGUGCUCUGCGUCCAGGAGAGUGUGCUGGACAGUGUCGUGGCCCGUCUCAAGCUGCGUAUGGCGGGGAUGAAGUGUGUGGCCCUGCAGAGUGAUGAAGACAGGGUCCAGGUGGAUGCCACAGUACAGGAAGCUCAGCAGCAGGGGGCCACGUUGGUUCAGUCUUGUGCUGCCCCACCUUCGGGUGCCCAGUACCCUCCGACGGUGCUCUGUGGGGCAGCCCCCUCCUCUCCGUUUGUAGUCGACCCCUCUCCUGGACCGCUGCUGCCUCUCAUGACCUUCAGAAGCAACACAGAAGCAGUGACCCUCGGGAACCACAGUCCUCAUGGCCAGGCAGCCUCCAUCUGGACUGAAGACCUCACCCUGGCUCUGGAGACAGCUAAGAGCAUGUCAGUGGGCUCAGUGUGGGUGAACUCCCAUUCAGUGUCUGACCCCUGUCUGCCGGUCUGUGGUCACAAAGACAGCGGCACCUGCACUGACGGAGGACAGGAAGGUCUGUACCAGUUUCUACUCCCGCCCUCUUCUUCUCCUCCUCUUCCUCGCUCCUCUCCUGUCUCCAUGGACUACUCAAAGUUUGGAACAGCAAUAACACCAGUAGUCAUUCCUGAUGAUGCAGAUGCUGCCAGUGCUCCUAAGUACUACCAGCAGUUUGUCGGUGGUAAGGCGUGCAAGUCAGUGUCCGGAUGCAGUGUGGCCGUGCACUCCCCAGGGGGCGGCAGAGUGUUAGCCUAUUGUCCAGAUGGAGGCCGGAAAGACGUCCGCAACGCCGUGGAGGCUGCUGCGAAAGUUCAGCCUGGCUGGAUGAAAAAGAGUCCGUCUGCACGCGCUCAGUCACUCUACUCUCUGGCCAAGGGCCUGGAGGCGAAGAGGCGGGAUUUAGCUGUGUCAAUCAGUGUUCAGACCGGCCUCUCAAUGGACGAGGCUGAGAAGGAGGUGGAGCUCAGCAUCGCCAGGCUCAGUGAUUGGGCAGCUUACUGUGACAAAGUCUUAGGAGGAGCUUUGCCUGUGCCUCAGUCGGGCUCUGCUCUUGCCCUCCCCGAAGCCCUGGGAGUUGUGGGGGUUGUCCUUCCUGACAAGAAUCCCCUCCUUUCUGUGGUAACACUGCUCGGGGGAGCCAUCGCCACUGGAAACGCCAUCAUCAUGACCCCCAGUCAGAAGUAUCCACUACCAGCCUUAACGUUCAUUCAGGUGCUCCAGUCUUCAGACCUGCCAGCAGGUUUAGUAAAUAUCAUUACAGGAACCAGAGACCAAAUGACAGCAGCUCUGGCUAAUCACAGCGUCAUCAAGGCCAUCUGGUACUGGGGCAGUGCUGAGGGCUGUCAGUACCUCCAGCACACCUGCACCAGCCCUCUGAAAACCCUGCGCCUGUCCUGCCAAAAGGACGAGGAGGGUAAAGAUGGAGGGAGGGACUGGACUCAGUCUCAUUCCUCACUCCUGGAGGAGAUGUGGAGAAAUGCCGUCCAGUGGAAGAGCGUGUGGAUUCCCACUGCAUAAGAAGACAGAGGGAAGAAGGAUGAAAGACCUCAGCCUGUAGAGUUAAACUGCUAACUGCAGGAUGUAGACUUAAUAUGAAAAAAGAAUGAAAAAAAUUUACUGUAAGAAUGAAAAUCUUAGGAUGUGAAAUUAGCGUUGAACAAACAACAAAUACCCCAUUGUUACUGACUGCUUGCUAAGGCCCACCCUCUUCGAUUACAUUUGCUAUGCCUGUCAAGUGUUUCAAGGCAGGAGGCUUGAGCUGGUGACUGUUGAUUCUGCCAGCUAAUCUACCAAUAUACUAUACUAACUCUUGGCCAUCAGUAAGUAGGAUAAAUAGUUGGAUAUGCUACCUGUUGCCACCUACACUGAAGCAGUUAAACACCGCUUAAUCCAUUUCUUGCACCUGCUGCUUCUUUGUCAGCGAUUUGUCAAGUUAAAGGUCAUUUGGCAAUGAAGCAGAUUGCAACCAGCUGAAUACUGAUUCCCCUCAGGAGAAGCUA